UGAAAACGGGAGAAAAAAAAGCAUGAAAACGGGAUAACAAAGCACGGAAACGAAAUAAAAAGCAUGCAUGUAGCAUGUAAUGAGAGUUAACAGCAGCAUCGCUUCCCUGUUGGCUUUAUUCAACCUUGCAGACCUGCUUCCGGUGGACUUUAUUUGCCUCCUGUAUCGGAUUGGAAGCUAGCUGUCAUUAGCAUCCUGCUAGCAGCUACAUCAGCACCAUUGGCAUCCCUUAGAUUGCAUGAUGGCAGACAGUAUAAUGAGCAAGGCUGCAACCAUGGAGAUCCCCAUUAACAGCAAUGGAGACACAGGGAGUCUUCCAGAGGAUGACAGUCUGGAGCAGGAUCUGCAGCAGGUGAUGGUGUCUGGACCAAACCUGAAUGAAACCAGCAUUGUGUCAGGAGGCUACGGAGGACCUGCAGGGGGCAUCAUUCCAACCAGCUCCAUCAAAGGGCCUGCAGUCCGCUUCAACCCCGAGUAUCUGGACAGGAGACGAGCCCCUGCAGCAGGACCAGACAUUCGCAUGAAAUCCAGAGGCGCUAACUUGCCUAACAGUCAGUCUUGUGGCAGCCGACUUGCUCAUCACACUGAGCAGCAUCCAGGGUCAACAAAUCACAACACUAAUUCAAGUGAAGAAGUCACUCGCGGUGUGGCUGUGGAGAAGCUGGACAGCGUGAAGAAAUGGGGCAUUAACACAUACAAGUGCACGAAGCAGAUGUUCUCGGAGAGGUUCGGCCGAGGCUCCCGGACCGUCGACCUGGAACUGGAGGCCCAGAUCGAUGUAUUACGAGACACCAAGAGCAAAUAUGAAAACAUCCUGAGACUGGCCACGGCACUGACCAGCCAUUUCCAGAGCAUGGUGCAGACACAGCAGGCGUUAGGCGACACCUUCACUGACCUGAGCCAGAAGUCACCAGAGCUGCAGGAUGAGUUUGGGUAUAAUGCAGAGACACAGAAGCUGCUGUGUAAGAAUGGAGAGUCUCUGCUUGGCGCCAUUAACUUCUUCGUGUCCAGCGUCGACACCCUGGUCAACAAAACGAUGGAGGACACACUGAUGACCAUCAAGCUGUAUGAAAAUGCCCGACUGGAGUUCGACGCCUACCGCUCCGAUCUGGAGGAGCUGAGUUUGGGUCCGAGGGACGCGGCCGCCAUGGUGCGCAUCGAGAUGGCUCAGCACGAGUACCAGGUCCACAGAGACAAGUACGAGAGGCUGCGCAGCGACGUCACCAUCAAGCUCAAAUUUCUGGAGGAAAACAAGGUGAAGGUGAUGCACAAGCAGCUGCUCCUCUUCCAUAACGCCAUCUCGGCUUACUUUGCUGGCAACCAGCAGCAGUUGGAACAAACUCUAAUACAGUUCAAUGUGAAGCUAAAGCCUCCGGGAUCAGACAAGCCGUCCUGGCUGGAGGAGCAGUGAUGAACGGCUCGGCCGCGUCCCACAUGUACAGUCAGAAGAUUCACCUUAGACGGACGAGAGAGUUAUACGUGUAAAGAAAUGAGCUGUAGGAUCAGUAUAGUGGCCAGAAUAUUUUGGUUUUUUUUUUAAAUUCUGUAUUAUUUCUUACAUCAAUAUUACUAGUAUUUUCUUUGUUGUUAAAUCGCAACUUUUCUUAUCUUUAGUUCGCACAAUCAUCUACAUGUAUGUCACUUAUUUAUUCAAAUUAUGUGGAAACCCCCCCCUCUGGCAGUUUUGCACAUGCAUUGUUUUGUUUCUAUCCAUGUAAUUUGUUAUCAUUUCGAAUGUUAGGAAUUCCACUAGUCUCACUAGGGAAUUAGGGAUACUGUUAAAAAGUUGGGGAAUGUCUCUAAUGAAACAUAGAUUCAUGUUUUCCAUAUUUAAGUGAAAAACAUGAGACAUUAUGUGCAAAAUGAUCCCACUUUUUUCCACCAUGAUUUUGUUUGAUACCUGCCUUUAAUCAGUUUACAGUUUACAUCAAAGGGAAAAUACACACAAUGAAGAUCAAGAUUUUCUCUAGUCUGUUAUACAAUCAUGAUUAUUUGAUCCUCUAAAUUUUGGGUCCUUUCAGAUACGGUACGUCACUAUAAAUCCAGCUUUGUUAGACGGAUCUGUCUUUUAUAUUUCAGAGUUUACAGAUGGAAACAAGCCUGACGAGAAAAAAAAACAAACUAACAUUUAAAAGCAUAACAUGUACUGUAUGGUUUGCAGUAAUUAA